AUGUAUUUCGUUCUUUUUACCUUUCAACUGUUCUCAUAUUUUUUCUCGUUUUCACAAGCAGCUGAUAUUGAUUUUGAAUUAAUAUGUGAUAAAGGAUAUCGAAUUUCUUCAAUAAAAAGGGCAAAAACCGCAUAUACAGUACUCGGUUCGUUGAGUGUCGAAUGCGAGCAAGUUGCCCUUCCGGAAUCGACGACUUGCGCGCCAUUGCAAAGUGUUCCCAAAUGUACUGGCUUAUUAGAAGGAUGCACCGGAAACACGUGGCUUGGCGGAUUCCACGUGUAUCUGCUCGAAAAUUCGACACAAGCCGCCGUACUGGAUCCGGUUUGCUGUUCAUCGCCGUCGGUUCAAAUCGAUCCAAAUUCCUGCAUCAACGAUCAACUAAACACGGGAACUCGUGAUUUUUCACACUCGCUCGUCUCUGAUUUGAUAUAUCGUGGAUGGCAAUGUUGGCAUCAAUACGACAGAAAUAAGAAGCUUGUGGAUCUUUUGUGGAAAACGGAAAUUUGUCCGUUCAUGUCAUCCGAUUUUCCGGUCAUCACUAGAAAAACCGAAUGCGAGGAAUGCUCUUGCGAAUGCGGAAUCGAGCAAUGCGCAAAUGGAUCGUCUCCAAUUCGUGUCAUUCAUAAGAAGCUUCUGUUGCCGUGCACGUGCGAUUGCUCAUGUACUUUCAAAUGUGUAUGA